UCCAUCGUUUCCGCUGCGAGAUUGCCCCGUGCCCAAGGGAUAGGCAUCUCUGUAGCAAGCACCAAUAACCCGGAACCAGCCUGCCCGAUACGCAAGCAACUAAUGGCCAAGAGGAAGAAAUCCUCCGGGGAUGGAAACCCACGCCGCGCUUUCGACAAUCCCCUCGCUGCUGCUCGGAGCGGAAAGGCAACAACAACGAGCGCAACGAAACAAAGCUCCGCACCGCUACCAAAGAACCAUGUUUCGCCCGAAUCCUCCGCCAUAGAGCCGGUGCCGGUCGAGUUCGGAACCGCAAGGGAACAAAAGAACCGGAACAAGAACAGCCAAAACGACGCCGGUACCGCGAAACGAAACAGGAAAGCCGAGCAAAUAUGGCACCGGAGAUCGGGCGCCGGCUUUCGCCUCUUUGUGGAUUACUACCUCGGACAGCCAGAGGGCAUCGUUGCCAUCGAUCUCGGUGCCCCGAGUGGCCAGCCAGAGCAGGCUGCUGCAAGUGCUCCCUCGUCCGCCGGGCAGUCCCGGGCGGCGCUGCGGCGAAAAAAGAAAAAGCGGAAAACGUCCGGCAGUCGCAGCGCCAACGGCACCGGCACGAAUGCAGCGAGCACAACGAGAAACACAACGGAUGCUUUCCCUGGCGCUGCAGCAGGUACAGCGACAGCUCCCGGACCAUUGGCCGGCGGCAGCGCUACGACAAUAUCGUCAUCUUUGUCAUCGACAACAAUAACAACAACGUCGGCGGUGCAUGCCAACCUGGCCGUUGUUCCCCGCCACCAAUACGAUUCGCUUCUAUACCGGGGUCGAUUGCUAGAGGUGUUAGCGGCUACAGAGAAAUCGCUCUCCGACACCACCGCCAAUGACAGACCAUCCACUGCGGGGAUUUCCCCGGGGAUUCGCCAGUUCCUGACGGCCCUCUCGAAACCCCUCCCGCUAACCUUUCGGUUUCGGCACUACGACUCCGACGGUGGAGACGCUCCAGAACCAACCAACCGAAUCCUGGCCCGGAGGCGCUCCAAAAUCGCUGGGCUUAAGCGAAUUCUGAUGGGACCGACACUCGCGGAGGGGGGCGUCGCGUCCGUUCCGUUCGAUGCCUCCUCGAACAUCUACCAGGCCCUCCCCGUCCUACGGGGCAGCCGGCCCUGGGCCCUGGACAAGGCCUCCCUCGGGAAAGUCCACCCCCGCCUCAAGGAGUUUCUGAACGCCCACACGAGGGACGGGACCAUCGCCCGGCAGGAGCUGGGGAGCAUGCUGCCGGUGUGGCUGCUGCAAAAGCUCGGGGCGCUUUCUUCGCCGCGGAUCCGGGUUCUGGAUCUCUGCGCGUCUCCUGGAUCCAAGACGCUCCAGGCGGCCGAGCUGGUGGUGGGAAAGGGCGGCCGGGUUCGGGCCAACGACGUGAACGCGAACCGGCUGGAGACACUGAGGGAGGCCGUGUACCGAUCAGGUGUCUUUGGUAGAAGCGGCGGCGACUGCAACAGCGACAACGACAGCGACAACGACAGUGAGUCAUUUCACAGCGUGGACGAAGUGGUCAGGUAUUCGAACGUGGACGCCUCCCGGUACCCGAUCCCCAAGCAAACAUCCAAGCUGUACCCGGUGAUCCUUUGCGACGUCCCCUGUUCGGGGGACGGGACCUGCCGGAAGGACGUCCACGUCAUCCCCAACUGGACCCCUUCCAUCUCGAACGCCCUUCACUCCCUCCAGGUAAAGAUCCUGGCCCGGGCCAUGCUCUGCGUAGCGGUGGGUGGGUACGUCAGCUAUUCGACUUGCAGCCUGAACCCCAUCGAGGACGAGGCGGUCGUGGCGGCGGCCUUCGAGAGCUUCGGCAAGGAUUCCAGUGGCAAAUCCCACCGAGGGCCGGAACAACAACAACGGAACUUCGAACUCGUACCAUUCCCAGAAUCGCUUCGGAAUGGAUUGGUCCUGCGCCCCGGAGUGAAGAGCUGGAGGGUGGCUGGAUUCGACCCAAGCAGCGAGGAUGCGGCUGCGAAAACCGAUGUCGAGAGCGAGGAACCCCAGGCGAGGCUCCGGUGGUAUGAUUCGUACGAAAGCGCCGCCGAGAACAGAAUGGAGGGAGCGGUGCCGUCCAUGUGGCCGGGGACCGGCGCGAACAAGCUUCCGCUUGAUCGCUGCCUCCGGUUGUUUCCCCAGGACCAGGACACAGGUGGUUUUUUCGUGGCACUGAUCCGGCGAACUAAAUGAACGAAGCAGAUUGAUCGCAUGGAAUCCAACCAAAUACGUUAGGCUAGGCUUCUAACAGAUAAAGUAUUUCGCACAUUUUUUUUUGGUACAUCAUACUCUUCUAUUCUAUCACGUGAUAUCAUAUCAAAUCCUAAACAACAAAUUAUCAUACUGUGCAAUUAUUUUCGAUGCGUGCUACCGCCUUUGUUUUUGCGCACCUUGAAUCAGAAUAUCGAGCGAAUGUAGUACUCGAUGUGGUCUCCACCGAAGACCAAGAACUCCCAGGACCACCAAGACCACCGACCCAAGCGGUGUCCACAAGGUACUUGCCAUCCAAUGAAGGGGGCUGGGCUGUUGUGUUAGUGGAAGUUCUGGUGUCACAUCUAUGGCGUCAACCUAUACCUUGCUUCUCGGAAUUGGGAUAUCAGGGGUUGGACCAUCAGGGAUUGGACCAUCAGAAAACAAGAAUAAGACUUCUCCCGACCUUGAAGACUACCGAUCCAAGCGGGCUUCACACUAAGAAGGGGCCAUCUAUGGAUUGGACCAUCAGAAAUUGCACCAUCAGGGAUUGCACCAUCAGGGAUUGCACCAACAGGGAUUGCACCAUCAGAAAUUGGACCAUCAGAAAUUAGACCAUCAGGGAUUGCACCAUCAGAAAUUGAACCAUCAGAAAUUGAACCAUCAGAAAUUGGACCAUCAGUAGAGGCAGCAAAAGGAGCUUUUUGAUAAUCUUUGCACGUUUUUUUAACAAUUUUAAUACAAUACAACAAUGUCUACUAUAUGUGCUCCUUGUUCAUUGAUUUGGGGGUAUAAUAUAUCUAUUAUUGGGGGCAAACCACUCUAAUUAAUAAAAUUAUUACUAAAUUUAUUCAUUCCAGUAAUUAAAUUUAAUUAACAUGUUUUUAAAUUAAAGAAUUAAAUUUAAUUAAUUUAUCAGGCGGGUUAAAUUUAUUGAUGCACUGGUGGUAUCCUCAAUGCAUGUGGAAGCACCACUCAGUGGACUCAACGCAAUCAAACAGCAGUACUUGAUUCCUGGCAAGAAUAGACAAGAAGGCACAAGUUUCGAGUGUUCCCAUUAACACUACUAGUAACCACUAAAUUUCAACCAAAGUGGUGGCUUGCACUGUUCUAGAGAUAUGUAAAAUUUGCUGAUAAAAAGAGGCUUCUUUUCUGUGUAUUGCAGAACCACCUACUACUAAGAAGGAGCAAUCAACUGUGAUGAGCUUAAGUCAUCAACCACAAGGACGGGACUAAAUUUUGACAGCUCUGACUGUAAUUCCAUGAUGUCCCUUGUCAUUAUUGCUAUAGGAUCAAGGUCUUGGUUUGAUUCAAUUGAAUCCUCAAAAAACUGGCAAGUUGCAAUUGAAGAACUUGCUUGUUGCAGGAGCAGUCAAUAGUAAACAAUGUCGUCGUUGUCCUUGCUGUUCUUCUUGGAAGAAAGCUUAUCGCCUAUGACAGAAGAGGGAAUGAGGUGAGUUCUGAUUAUUUUUUGGGAAUGUGAUAUUUCAUCCAUGCUGUUAUUGAUGACUGCAGCAACAUCAAGGUGUGGGGGGAUGAUACUGAUGCUUGCUAUUUAUGGUUGUUUGGUUGCUCUUUAGUAGGGAUGAUAAUUUGCCAGCAGUACUCCUUACACAGUAAUGCUCAUUACACAGUGUUAAAUUGAUGAAACUGAAGAAAGCACUCGUCCAGCACUCUGUUAAUAGGGUUUUCAGUCCAGUCUUGCUUGAAGUUGUUAUAUGGUAAGAAUGAUGUAGCAAUGCCAAUAUAGACGCUUCAAUCAUGGAUAUAUAUUAUGAAGACUGUACAAAGACGUACUAUGGAGGCUAUUCUGCUUGGUACUGAUAUCAAACUGGAGACCCAAAAACUGAUUUUGGAGGAUCCCUUGUAGAAUAUUGUACAAGAAGAAGCCCUGUGCAAAAUAGCAAAUCAAGGUGAUAGUAUACUCCUGUCAAUCUUGCUCAAAAUUGAUUGGUUUUGAUCACGCAUUCAAAAGGGAGCAGCACCAACGAACCCCCCUAACACAGCAGUUUGCAGUGCUCACUACUAUAACAUCCCCAGUAGUAAGUAGUACUGAUAGAGGUUUUCCAGCCAGUAGUACUAAGCACUAAUAAUAAUUCUCCGUAGUAACUGAUGAAUUUACCUCUCCAGUAGUAAGGACCACUAAUAGAAAUAUUUUGGGACCAGCAAUAAAUUAAAUAAUUUGAAACAAUUUUUUUACUGUAAAAAUGACCCUAACAAUUUUGUGAGUGUUUGUGUGGGGACCAUGAAAAACCAGCCAGAAUUUCGCUCUCCAGUAGAAAAAUUGUGGGUCGAAAUUGUUGAUUCGAUCAUCAUGUAUUGGGUGCCAUAUGCUUUUAUCACCUGAUGCACAAAACCUUAAAAGAGAAUGUGUAAAUAUGUAAAAUCUGCCCUACUGGUUAGAUAAAAUAGAAAAGUACGUGAUCAAUGUGGGUCCUUAAUCCCCAUUGAUUGAUCUUUAUUGUCUGAUGGGUAAUUUCAAUCAAUUCGGUGCAAUUCGACAUCAGUGGUCACACGCGCGACCGUCUAUCCUUCAACAGUAACCGCUUAGGGGUACUCGCUCUGUCGGUGACUCUCCAGGGAUUGCACCAUCAGGGGCUGGGCCGUCGGAUCCUUUCAAAUAUAUGGUGAAUGGAUCUUCGUUUUGGAGGCGACAAUACGAAAGCAAGACCGGAAGCAUUCCGUUGAAGAACAGCCAGAGAAGGUCGAUGAUCUGGCCGAGUUUCAUAUCACCGACCUGGAUCUUGUAAAAGUCAGGGCCAGUCGUGUUCUCUUUCGGGGAAAAAACAAAGGCGAGCGUGCCAAAGAUCUUCACCAUGCUAAUCAGAAGGGUAAGGGUCAGGUAGAUCCCUAAGAAGAUGUGGACGCCUCGUUCGUUGAUCGCGAGACGUCCCAAUUUGUAGGACUGGCGAGUUAGCAUGCAGUACAAGGCAUUUGUAACCGCCACGACGACGAGGACGAUCUGCAAGCCGAGGAAUGCAGCCGCGUGUUGCUUGGUGGCCUUGUAGGAAAUGCAGACAAAGAUCAUGCGGAACAUGGCGGCGAGGAAGAUGUUGAUGGGAGUGAUAACCUGCAUCAGUUUCCAGUACCACCGCGGGAGCUCUCCCCUCUUGUAGGAAAGCAUGGUGCUCAAAAAGUCUAGGAGUAGAUAGAUCACAAGGGAGUACUCGAAGAAUGGAAAGUACAUUGCCAUGAUUUCGCGGGAGGGCGAAUAGUCCCAAUAAAUGCAAAUAUUGUUGAAUCCGAAUGUCCGUACGAGGUGCGACUGGUUGAGCGGGAAUGCUUCCCCAAACUCAAGAUUGAAUGCUUCUGAUUCGUAGAAAUCGAAUCCAUCGCAUCCCUGCUGCUCUCUAGCUCUAUUUGCUUCCGGAGUCACCAUACCGUCUUUGAGUACCACCAAGUUGGUCAGGAGGAUUGCGAAGAUGGCCAGUGUCCAGAAAAAGCCAUAGGCGCAGAGCCUCCAUUUCUCGGGUUUUACUACGAGCUUGUGGCUGUCUAUCUGGUACCGGAACACGACCGUCUCCUGUUUGGGAUUUUCCCUCGUCCCGGAAGGUACAGGUUCGGGAGCCUGUUCGGGAUCUUCAGUUUUUCCGGAUGAUUCUGAUUCGAGAUGCUGGUUUUCUUCGAGCAUUGUCAUUUGUUCUUUAUUCAAAUUUACCUUCCGAAUUAAAAUAAAUGCUCCCGCUGUUCUCGGAGUUGAUACACAAAAUUUAAAAUAAUAAAAAAUAAGACCACCU